AUGUUCAACCGAAUGUCAUCACCACCUGCCAACAGGACCUUCUUUUUGGUCAUGUUAUUGCUGUUGGUGAUUUCCUCUUGUCUCAUCCAUUUUCUCUCUCCAGUCCAAGCAGCAUCAACACGCUCUCGUGAAGUUUCCUACUGGAAGAAGAAUCUCUCACUCCGUGAUGCUCGCAAACUACAUCGUAUCCGAAAUCAAAUGAAACGCACUCGAAGAACUUUGAAAGGCUUGAAAUUGGAAUUGUCAUCUUCCACAAACUCUCAAAGACGUCGUCGACUCAUUAAAAGAUUGAUCAAGAAAAGAAAACAACGAAUGAUCAAGUUGAGAAGAAAAUUGAAAAGACAGUUGAGAAGAGUGGUUCGAAAGGCUUCUUCAAGAAGACGCAAUUCUUCUCCAAAAAGAUCUCAAAGACGUCGAAGAGCCUCUGUCAAAUGUACCAAGAGAAAUCAAAGACUCAGAAAAUGUAAAAAAAUUGCUAAACGAAGAUUGGCAAGACUUGGCAAACAAUUAAGAAGAAGAAUUGCUGCUGCAAGAAGAAGAGCCGCUCGUAGAAAAUGCUCACAAAAGAGACAUCGACGAUCCAGAAAGUGUCAAAGACUUGUUCGUAAAAUUUUACAACGUAGAAGAAGAGAAAGACGUGCUAACAGACGUCGUUCUGCAAUAAAAUGCACCAAGAGAAAUCGAAGACUCAGAAGAUGCAAAAGACAACGAUCUCAAAGAAGACAAUCCAGAGGAAAGAAACCUUUGAGAAGAAUUAUGAGAAAGGUCAGAGCAAGAGCUUUGAGAGAUGCUGCAAGACAACGAAGAGCAUUGUUGAGAAGACUGAGAAGACAACAAAGACGUGCUGCUGCAAGAAGACAACGACGUUCAAGAAAAUGCACCAAGAGAAAUCAAAGAAGAUGUAAAAGACAACGAUCUCAGAGAAGACGUUUCGUUGUUCUUUCAUUUAACAAACGUGCAUUCUUGAGAAAAUUAUUGAGAAGAAAAUCUCAUCGUUAUUAUGGAUUAAGAGGAUUCAAGAGAUAUGCUCGAUUGGUCACCUUGUUGAGAUGGAUCAGAGCAAAGAGAGCUUCUGCCAGUCGUCGGUCUCGUUAUUACAGACUUAAGGAGAGAAGAAUUUUAAGAGGAUUGAGAAUGUUGAAAAAUCGUUUUGCCAAACUUCGUCUCCCAAGAAGAAGAAGAUCUCCAUCAAAGGUCACACGAAUUGUGAUUCAUGGAGUCAAAAAUAAGAAGCAAGUCAGAUUGGUCAUUCCAAAACGUUUGAAGAAUAAGAUCAAGAAGGUUGUUGCCUAUCGUGUCUAA